AUGAACCCCCAUGCAAAACUAGUCUUCACCAUAAGUUUAGUGAUAGGAACUAGCAUCACUAUCUCUAGCAACCAUUGAAUCCUAGCUUGAACCGGCCUAGAAAUCAACACCCUAGCCAUCAUUCCCCUUAUCUCCAAAUCCCACCACCCUCGAGCAAUCGAAGCAACCAUCAAAUACUUCCUUACCCAAUCUGCUGCAUCGGCCUUAAUUUUGUUCUCAAGCCUAACCAAUGCCUGAUUUACAGGCCAAUGAGACAUCACACAACUAAACCACCCCACAUCCUGCCUAGUAUUAACCACAGCAAUUGCAAUCAAACUAGGGCUAGUCCCAUUCCACUUUUGAUUCCCAGAAGUCCUUCAGGGCUCUUCAAUAAUUACUGCCCUACUGCUCUCAACUCUCAUAAAACUUCCCCCAAUCACCCUCCUCCUCAUCACAUCACAAUCCCUUGACCCUUCCAUACUCACUUUCCUAGCAAUCUCUUCCGCACUGAUCGGAGGCUGAAUAGGCCUCAACCAAACACAAACACGAAAGAUUCUAGCUUUCUCAUCCAUCUCCCACCUGGGUUGAAUAAUCGUCGUCAUCACCUACAACCCUAACCUUACCUUCCUCACUUUUACCCUCUAUGUAGUAAUAACUACUACUGUAUUCCUAUCCCUCAAUCAAAUCAAAGUCCUAAAACUAUCAACAAUACUUAUCUCAUGAACAAAAACACCUACACUAAAUGCAUCCAUAAUACUGACACUCCUAUCCCUAGCAGGCCUCCCACCACUAACAGGCUUCAUACCAAAAUGACUUAUUAUCCAAGAACUUACUAAACAAGAAAUAACCCCCACAGCUACAAUUAUCACUUUACUAUCGCUACUAGGCCUAUUUUUCUACCUUCGCCUCGCAUACCAUUCAACAAUCACACUUCCACCUAACUCAUCCAACCACAUAAAACUCUGGCGCAUUAAUAAAACACCAAAUACCCCCACAGCCAUCUUAUCUGCCCUAUCAACUUCACUUCUACCCCUAUCUCCCCUAAUUAUCACCAUAUUCU